UAAUCUAUAACAAAUGCACGCACUAUUUGUUUUCAUAGCAAAUUUUCAUUAUAACAUGUUGUGUUGCGAAUGUUGUGAAUUGUGAUAUUUUUAAAUUAAAAAUUACGUUGUGGUUUUCUGGUAGUAUUAAGUGUUAGUUCUCUAGAAACUAUAAGUGUUAUGAGCUUGGAUAACGAUGGAUAGCAAGUUUCUUCUGAAUAACUUUGGGAAGGACAGCCUGAAGGUGACCAUCACCCCAGCGCAGCCGAAGACCCUCACACAUCUACCCAAGAGACCGCCAGUCGAUUUGGCUUUCACAGACCUGACCUAUAGGGUCCAGGAAGGGAGAAAAAGCAAUGUUAAGACAAUACUUAAGUCGGUUUCGGGGAGGCUGCGCUCCGGCGAGCUGACGGCCAUAAUGGGCCCGUCAGGCGCCGGAAAGUCGACUCUCCUGAACAUUCUCACAGGAUACAAGACAUCAGGGAUGGAAGGCAGUAUAACAGUGAAUGGUAUGGAACGUAACCUAUCCAGUUUCCGGAAGCUGUCGUGCUACAUCAUGCAAGACAACCAGCUGCACGGCAACCUGACCGUCGAAGAGGCAAUGGCGGUGGCUACGGCUUUGAAACUGCCCAGUGCCACCACAAGAGAGGAUAAAGAAGAAGUGAUUCAAGAGAUAUUGGAAACUCUAGGCUUAUCGGAACAUCACAAAACGAUGACAUCAAAUCUAUCAGGCGGUCAGAAGAAGCGGCUCUCCAUAGCUCUGGAGCUGGUCAACAAUCCCCCAAUCAUGUUCUUCGACGAGCCAACAUCAGGCCUGGACAGUUCCUCCUGCUUCCAAUGUAUCUCCUUGUUGAAAACUCUCGCCAGAGGCGGAAGGACGAUCAUCUGCACCAUUCACCAGCCCUCCGCUAGAUUGUUCGAGAUGUUUGACCAUUUGUACACGUUAGCGGACGGCCAGUGCGUCUACCAGGGCAGUACAGGGAGACUGGUGGAGUGGCUGGGCAGCCUGAGCCUGCAGUGCCCGUCGUACCACAACCCGGCCUCCUUCGUCAUCGAGGUGUCGUGCGGCGAGUACGGCGACCACACCGGCAAGCUCGUGCGCGCCAUCGACAACGGCAAGCACGACAUCCGAACGGGGCUGCCGCUACCGAAAAUGGCGGAAUACAACAACAAGAAGGACAUGGAGAAUUCGCUGAAGAACGACUGGAACAAGAAUGACGCGUCGCAGGUGCAGGACAAGAUGGACGCCAACGGGGCCAACGGGGCCAACGGGGCCAACGGGGCCAACGGGGCCAACCUGCACAACGGGCUCAUUCAGUUCGCCGCCAACGAGAUAGCCAAGGGCAAAGGGGAGCCGAUGGUGGUCCAGGUGGACUCCGAGAAGCAGGACAACGCGGAGGUGGCGCUGCUGGGCGCGCCGUCCCCGCGCCGCUACGCCACGUCCGAGCUCACGCAGUUCUGGGUCGUGCUCAAGCGGACGCUGCUGUUCAGCCGCCGCGACUGGACGCUCAUGUACCUGCGGCUGUUCGCGCACAUCCUGGUGGGCUUCCUGAUCGGCGCGCUGUACUACGACAUCGGCGACGACGGCUCCAAGGUGCUCUCCAACCUCGGCUUCCUGUUCUUCAACAUGCUGUUCCUCAUGUACACCUCCAUGACCAUCACGAUCCUCAGCUUCCCACUCGAGAUGCCGGUGUUGAUAAAGGAGCACUUCAACAGAUGGUACUCGCUGCGCUCCUACUACCUGGCCAUCACCGUCUCCGACAUACCGUUCCAGGCUAUCUUCUGCAUCAUCUACGUGGUGAUAGUGUACCUGCUGACGUCGCAGCCGCUGGAGUGGUUCCGCUUCUCCAUGUUCCUGUCGUCGUGUCUGCUGAUCGCCUUCGUGGCGCAGAGCGUGGGGCUGGUGGUGGGCGCCGCCAUGAACGUGCAGAACGGCGUGUUCCUGGCGCCCGUGAUGUCGGUGCCGUUCCUGCUGUUCAGCGGGUUCUUCGUGUCGUUCGACGCCAUCCCGGUGUACCUGCGCUGGAUCACGUACGUGUCGUACAUCCGCUACGGGUUCGAGGGCACGGCGCUGGCCACCUACGCCUCCAACCGCACCAAGCUGCAGUGCCACCAGGUGUACUGUCACUUCAAAAACCCGGAGACGACGUUGGAAGAAUUGGACAUGAUAAACGCCGACUUCACGCUGGACAUAGCGGCGCUGUGCCUCAUAUUCCUCAUCCUGCGCAUAUCCGCCUUCCUGUUCCUGCGGUGGAAGCUGAGGUCCACGAGAUAGGUCCCGCGACCCUCCGGCCGUUCCGAUAGAGCUUAGUCAUAAAAAUAGUCUGAGGUGGAGGUUCCGCGUCGCGGAGACCCGUCGGAGCGAAGAUCGAACCCAGCCGAUGUGAUAAUAGGUGGCUUUCGAAUAAGAUAAUAUAGUUAUGGUAGUAAUGGAACCUCGGAACGUGGCGAGUGGUGGCGGCGCCGAGCGCUGGGGGCGGAGGCCGGUCGCCUCCGGACGGUCGCCGGCGCUGGUGCACGACAACAUAAGACUUAACUAAUUUUGAUAUUUUUGGUAAUUUUAUUCGCAGAGUAAAGAUAGUUUUUUUAUCGCCGCUGUGAUCGGGAGCUCGUUCCGGUGCCGCUACGUGUACCGUAUUAUAUUUAUCGACGAUCCAAAAACUUAUAAUUUGGACUUCUACUGUAACGAAACAAAAUCUGACGCGAUUUCGUUUCGUGUUGCCGGUGUACAUAUGUUCGAAUUAUGAUUUAACGCUCGAUGAAAUUUUCAAUUAUUGCUCAUUUAGUAUCUUGCCUGUGUGCGGUGUGCCUUAUAAUUUUUGCCUAAAUAUGUGCAAAACGAUAGUCAAAUUGAAUAUAUUAAUAAUAUAUAAGAAAUGAAUUUUACACAAAACUAUAUAAAAGUGAUAUUUUAAUUAGAAAACAGUUAUACGUGUAAUUAUUGUAAUGUUAAUUAGGUUUUUAUUUUGUAUAUAGACAAGAAAAUACAUAUAUUAAGGCUUUAUACUAUGUUUUUGGGCUCAAAAUUACUGAUAAACAAUAUUAAAAAAAAAGAAAUCAAUGAUAUUGCUAGCGCGAAGCGAGUUAGUUCAAUGAUGAUAUUGGGGGAGCACAGUGUGCCUCCUCCGUUAACGUGAGUGUUUUGUUAACUUUUGAUCGGAGCUUCUUUGACUACCGUGUUGCAUGUGACACAGACGGAAACACUUAACUAGGGAUCGGUUAUUGUAUUUGUAGUUAGUUAUAUAAUCGCAUAAAGAAAUUAUGGUCCAAUAAAUAUUACGGUUAGAUGGUUUUAGAGUGUAUGAAGUUUCUAUAUUUUUUAUUAAAUGGUUUU